GCCUAUAGCAAAUUGCAAGUAGAGCAGCAGCAGCAAAGGAAGGCUAGAAAAAUCCUGUAAGCAUCUCCAUGGCUACCUCUGCAAUCCAACGGUCCACAUUCGCCGGCCAGACCGCGCUGAAGCCCCAGAAUGAGCUCGUCAGGAAGGUUGGCGUCUUCGAGGGCCGCAUCUCGAUGCGACGGACGGUUAAGAGCGCUCCCCAGAGCAUUUGGUAUGGCCCUGAUCGCCCAAAAUACUUGGGCCCAUUUUCCGAGCAAACUCCAUCGUACCUGACAGGUGAAUUCCCCGGUGACUAUGGUUGGGACACUGCUGGACUGUCGGCAGACCCGGAGACGUUCGCCAAGAACCGUGAGCUGGAGGUGAUCCAUUGCCGGUGGGCCAUGCUUGGAGCAUUGGGCUGUGUCUUCCCAGAAGUCCUCUCGAAGAACGGGGUCAAAUUCGGCGAGGCUGUUUGGUUCAAAGCUGGCUCCCAAAUCUUCUCCGAAGGCGGGCUUGAUUACCUUGGAAACCCAAACCUCAUCCAUGCCCAAAGCAUCCUUGCCAUCUGGGCUUGCCAGGUUGUCCUCAUGGGCUUUGUUGAGGGUUACAGGGUCGGUGGCGGUCCGCUUGGCGAAGGGCUGGAUGCCAUCUACCCCGGUGGUGCCUUCGACCCAUUGGGGCUAGCUGAUGAUCCAGAGGCCUUUGCAGAGCUGAAGGUAAAGGAAAUCAAGAACGGCCGCCUGGCGAUGUUCUCCAUGUUUGGAUUCUUCGUCCAGGCUAUUGUCACCGGCAAAGGCCCGAUCGAGAACCUCUUUGACCACAUUGCUGAUCCUGUGGCCAACAACGCAUGGGCCUACGCUACCAACUUUGUGCCUGGGAAGUGAACGGCUUCCAUGCCCUUUCUGGCUUGUAUUAUUAUGCAGACUUUGGUUGGUUGUGAUCUUUGGCUGUGUUCAGUAGCUCAAUAAAAAUGUAGUUGCACCA